AUGGCUGUGGUUGCUAAAAAGCGAAGCUCAGACAUUAACUCCCUUUCUUCCAAACAAUUAGGCCAGGUUGCUGAUUUUUUAAAAUCAUCUGUUCCCAUCUAUGAUGCAAUUUCUAUCGAGCGAAGGGUGGAAAUAUUUUCUGGAAGGGAGGCUGUUUCCAUUCUACUUGAAUCUUCAUCAAGCGGCAAUAAAAAAAAACCCUUUCCCCUUGAUUUUGCCAUAACUUCUCCAGACCACGCAAAACAGCUGCUACUAAUGCUGCUAAAAAACGGCUAUUUCAUCAAAGCAAUGGUCAAUGGAACAAAAGAAAUACCUCUGACCCCGAUGCAGCAAGCAAUGAUACGUGCCGAGACCAUCUCGGGAAAUCAAUCGCCAAAUGUUCAAUUGCCAAAGCCAGAGGUGAUUUACUUGGUUAGUCCAGACCCUUCGGUUUCUUGGUCUGAAGACACAAAGUUCAUUUGGAUUUAUGAGGGAUCCAAGCUGUUUUCCACCAUGUUGUCUUUUGGGAUUCUUAUACUUCUGUUUUUUGGAAUAAUGUACCCACUUUGGCCGUACCAACUAAGAUUGGGGGCCUGGUAUCUGACGAUGGUUUGUAUUGCCCUCGUGGGUCUUUUGCUACUUGUCUCUGUUAUUCGACUUGUUUUGUAUCUAUUGUGUUUAAUUGCGGGGCUUCCCGGAUUUUGGAUCUUUCCAAAUUUAUAUGAAGAUUGCGGAUUUUUUGAAUCCUUCGUGCCGUUGGCAAGUGCUUAUCAAAUCACCCAGCUCGCACCAACGGAGGAAGAUGUCAGGCCGUGUGAAAACUCUGGCUCUGAAGACGAACAAGCAGAAGAGGAAGAGCCCAGGAGAUUUUUGGACAAUUCAUUCAAAAACACCGCGGAAAAAAUCUCGUUUAAACCUUUCGCCAAGGGUAUGGUGCAAACAUCUCAAACUUCCAAGCCUGAUCUGAAGGAUGCUCCCACUGCAUUUGAUGCCCCGCUUCACAUUCAUGGCCUUAAUAAGUGUUUUCUUGAACACAUCGAAAAGACCUUUAAAGUGAAUCCGACAGGAGACCUGUCUGGUACUUUCGAUACAUACAGAAACCAUCUCCAAGAGAUUAUGUCCAAAUCCCAAAACGGAAAUCUGGAUUCAAAGUCGCCGGCUGUCCUUCAAACGACCGAUUUUAAUGAAAACAUCAACAUGUCCGUCCAAAGGGAGGGGCCGGCCACUAAAAAUGAUUCUAAAUCUCUGCUUUCUUUUAAUACUUUGGUCGAUAAGCCUGCUAGUAAUUUUUCUUUCUUAUCUCCAGCAUCUGCCUCCACGGUUUCCAGUGAGUUCACUUCGGAAAAACCCCCCUUUUCGUUCGCAUUGAACGCAUCUGAGCCUGCACAAAAACCCUUUUCAUUUAUGAAGCCUUCUUCUGAGGCAAAGAGUCUAUUCUCUUUGCCGUCCUCGACUUCAGCUUCUGGCUCGAUUUUUUCGUUUCUAACUGCCGACAAGCCAGAUUUCUCUUCCACAGAACAAGCAAAAAAUGCGGAACUUGAAAAGGAAGAAACCGGCCAUGGCGAGGAGGAAGAAGAUGAGCCCGUUGUAAUUGAGGAGGUUGACCCAUGCGUCAAAGGUCCUGGAGAAGAAUCGGAUACUGUUAUUUUUGCACUCAAAUGCAAGGUUUAUGUGAUGGCCUUAAGCCAGUCCGACAAAACAUGGCAAGAUCUUGGAGUUGCUUCACUGCGUAUCAACGAGACUAGCUGCCCAGAUUCUGCACCCAAACAAAGAAUUAUUGCAAGGGCGCAGGGGUCGACAUCAAAGUUGCUUCUCAAUUCAUAUGCUUCUGGGAUUUCCUUGAUGCCACUGAAACCAUCCGAAAAGAGCGUCUCGUUUAUUAGCCUGAAUCCAGAAGAGAAGCUUACCUGCUACUUGAUCAGGGCGAAAACGGAACAAUCGCUGCAUGAGCUCUAUUCACAUCUAGAAAAAUAUUCACGAAAAGAGCUCGCCACAUAA